AUGGUUGUUCACAACAGUUCCAGUAAAGCCAUAAUUGGUGUCAAAACUGCCAAUGCCUACUUAAAUCCCAACCCAUUUCCGGCAAAUCUGGACAUUUCCACCGACUCUUUAGUCACUAAAGUCUUGUUCAAUGGUCUGACCGCUCGCGGCGUCGAGUUUGUCAAAAAUGGUCGCACAUAUCGUGUCAAUACCAGACGUGAAGUCAUUGUCAGCGCCGGAGCGGUGAACACACCUCAGCUACUGAUGCUGUCGGGCGUCGGCCCAAGAGAUCAAUUGACAGCGUUUGGCAUACCUGUGGUCGCGGAUCUGCCGGUUGGCCACAAUCUUCAGAAUCACGCGGCGCUCGACAUUAACUUCUUGAUCAAAGACCAGUUCAACCAUUUGGUGAAUAGCGGCGACUCUGAUCUCAAUGUGGAUAAGCUGUACGAGUAUUUCGUUAAUAAUACGGGAGAGUUAACCAAAUAUUACAACUCAAUCACAUAUUUGAACACUAAAUCCAACGUUAAUCCGGACUUUCCAAACGUGGCCUUCGAGACAGCGCUCCUGAAGUACCCGAAAGAUCCUUCAAAAGUAACAGUUGUGGAGUUCGAGCCUCUGAAAGACGAGUGGAACCGCUAUUACAGCGACUAUUUGGACAAAAACUACUUCUUCGUGCAGCCAAUCCUGGAAAGGGUCCGCAGUUAUGGCUACGUUCGGCUUCAGUCCAGCGAUCCGUCUGUUUAUCCCAUAAUUAACUCAAACUUCUUAUCACAUCCGCUGGACUUCGAGGACUUCGUCGACAUAACAAAGUUUGUGUUUCGCUUCUUCGAGAAGUCGGGCAUCUCUUCGUACGUGAAACGAGCGAAACCAAUACCUGGCUGUCGGAUGUGUCCAGGAGUCCGGUUCACUCAUGAGUGCGAUUCGUACAUACGGUGUCUCAUCCGACAGAUCACAUACACGGGCUAUCAUUUGGUGGGCACGUGUCGUAUGGGCGCCGCCGACAGAGCGGACACUGUUGUGGAUCCGCGACUUCGGGUGAAAGGUGUGCGCGGAUUGAGAGUAUGCGACGCCUCUGUUAUGCCGACCAUUACUAACGGCAACACAAAUGCGCCCACAAUUAUGAUCGGCGAGAAGUGCGCGGAUCUCAUCAAACAAGACAACGCACUCCCGAUGAAGGGCUGA